AUGGGGCUAAACUUUCUGGAAGAACUUGAACUUCAUUGUCACCAGGAUAUACGCUUCGAAGAGGGUGAGAUCAGCCAGCCACCGAACCCAGACACUCACCUAGACCCGCCACCUGCGGAUUUGUAUGAGCCAGGAGACCAUGCAACUCAUCCCUUGCCCGAAGUUGUCCAGCCUAUACAGAUGUUCUACCGACGAUUAAAGGUCUAUCUGCCUGCUACCUUGCGCACACUUAGGGUGUAUGACUCCCACACUCCAGAUAUAUAUUUCAUUCGACAAGUAAUAGAGCAGUGCCCGUUGUUGCAGUCGCUCACCCUUUCACGAUGCACCCUAUUCACCCGGCAGGAGUGCAAGUUCUGGAAAAAUUUGCCACAGGGCGAAUCAGAUUCCUACUUUAGCGACCAAGGGGUCCCCGCGUAUGCAUCUGCAGUUGCUGGAGAGCUCAAGGGGGUCAAGAACUUGAGGGAGUUAGAGAUUGGGAUAUACCUUACCGCUCAUGCAGCAAUUGGUACCCAUCUGCAACAGCAUACUGGAUUAGACGGCUUGUCAAGGGCCAGCUUAAAGGUCUGGGAAGAGCCUUGCGAGGAAUGUAAUAUUCAAUACCGAGAGCCAACAUUGGCGGUGGAAGCAGAGGCGAUAGAGAUUCUUGCAAGGGAGAUCCCCACUCUUUCGUUGGUUUCAUGGGCAAGCUUUUGUUCAGAGAAACGGAUUGGGUGGAGCACGCAUAGGAUAUCGCGCGAUCAGGAAGGAAAUUUCGAGAAGUUAGCUAGUGUCACCAAAUAA